AUGGAUUACACUUUUAAGAAGCCAACGCUGGAGGCGUACACAAUCCUGUUCAGAGUGGAAAAGGGCCAGGAAGAGCCCUCUGUGCUGGAAGAGUAUUUGAAGGCCAGAAGCAUGACGGGGCUGCUUCGGGAGUAUGCGCAAAGGGGGAUUCUCUCCUGCCAAGUUGCCCCGGAAGAGGAGGUUGAAAUGAACGGGCUUGCAGAGGAGGAGCUUCUGAAGCUGUCGGCAAAGUACUCCUCCGAGGUGGAGUAUGCGCUUUUUUUAAAGGCGUCCAGGAGGCUUAUGGAGUACAACAAGUCGCUUAUGGUUAGAUUUGACAUAUGCACGGCGCAGGCAAGGAUGCUGAUACUACUGGGACGGAGCGAGGAGCUAGAAAAAAAAAUGGGCGAGAUCGAGUCAGUGAUCGAGCUGGGAAUAGACUGGGGAAGAAAGAACAAGUUCAAAGUGUACAAGAGUCUGUACCACAUUCUGCGGGGCGAGCACGAAACAGCCUCGGAGCUGCUGAUUGACGCGCUCUCCACGUUUGAAGGCGAGGAGCUCAUGACGUACUCCGAGCUUGUCAAGUACUGUCUUUUUUGCGGGCUUAUGACGCUGUCCAGACAAAGCAUCCGCAGCAAGCUGGUUGAGUCCAGCGAGGUGUGCGAAGCUGCCAGAUGCAUUCCAAGCGCGCUGGACUUGCUGCUCUCUUUGGACAGGUGCGACUACUCUGGGCUCUUCAAGAGCUUGUGCAAGUUUGCCGAGGGCCUCAAGGACAGUGCCUAUUUAUACGACAAGAUAGACUACUUUGUAUACAAAAUGAAGGUGAGGUCGUACAACCAGCUUUUUAUGAGCUACACUGCAAUCUCCAUCAAGCAGAUGUCGUCUAUUUUUGGAGUGAGCGAGCAGUACAUACUCUGCGAUGUUGAAAUGAUGAUCCUGCGCGGAGACAUGCGGUGCAAGAUAAACCACCAGAACAUGAUGGUUUACAAGACCCCCGCCGAUGUCGCCGAUAGAAUUGGGGCGCAGGCCGAGGAGAUAAUUCAUACAAUACAGAAAAUGAUAGCAAAUGAAUAA